AUGUCGGGGAAACCGUCAACGCGAAAGCAAGAGCACAGACCACCGCUUAUAGCCGUUGAUUUGGCCCCGAGUCUCUCACCUCCGACACCUCUGACACAUCCCCUAGAGCACUCCGCAAUGUCGACUUUAUCUUCUCCACGCCCCUCCAUUGCUUCAUCUCGAGCUCACUCCCCGACUCCAGCUUCAUCCCGCCCAUCACUCGAUGCUUUGAACACUAACGUCAGCGGGGGCUCAGCGCCGCAUCUACCCCACUACUACAACCUUAAGCCCCCCGGGGCGGACCAGUCUUCCCCCAGAGAUGCUUCGCGCUCCCGCAGCGUGCCACGGAACACAGAUGCAGGAGAGAUCUCCAAUCCAUCUGCUUUAGCAUCAGGGACAGAGCUCGACAGUGCAGACUUCGACCCGCACCGCUAUGUCGAGCAUCUUCUUUCAACAUCAUCUUUAUCUACUGUGCUCAAGGCGGAAAAUACGUUGGUCGGAGAUAUUCGCACUCUUGACGGAGAAAGGAAAGCGCUUGUCUACGAUAACUACUCUAAGCUGAUCCGUGCCGUGGAAACAAUUGGCAAAAUGCGACGCAGCAUGGAUGAGCGUGGUGCUCCAUUGACCAUGACGAAAACACUGGGCCCGGCGAUUGCUUUUGUUGCUGAGACCGCUGGUGGACUCAUUAAAGAAGGCGAGGAGCAACGGCAGCGCAUGAAAGAGGCAAAAAGGAAUGCCGGGGCUUCGACCCAGAACAACGAGAAAGACACUGUUCGGUGGGUUCUUGCUGCGCCGCAGAGACUUGAGAAGCUUGUGGCGGAUGGAAAAAGAGAGGAUGCGGAGAAGGACUGGAGCGAAAUCCAGAAGCUGCUUGACGCUUGGGUUGACGUCAAGGGAGUUACUGAUAUUCGUGAUGCCUGCGGAAAAAUCAUGAAUCGCGCGGGUCACAAUGAUUGA